AUGUCUACUGUGUUGGAAAGAUUCAAGAAGGCCGAGUUGAUCGAUUUGGCCGACAAGCUUGGCUUGUCGGUGAGCUCGAGCAACACCAAGCCCAAACUCGUGCUAAAAAUAUUGGAUCAUUUGGAGUCCUUGCCAGAACCCGUUGAUCUAAUGGAAUUCCCGGAGCUUGAGCUAUACUACGAGGCUCUCGCUCAAAUCAGCACCACGUCUUCUGGUACCUCGUCUUCUGGCUCCUCUGAUGAUGAGGAGGAGGAUGGUGAAGGCGACGAUGAUGAUGAAGACGACGACGAUGAAGAAGAAGAGGAAGAAAUCGAAAUCGACUUCAAAAGCGAUUUGCCAAACAAGUCCCCAGCUUGCUUGUGGUUCUCCAACUUGAAAUUCGUCAACAAGGUCACCAACAGCCCUUACUACUUCAGGUUCCACGAAUUCAUCGACGAUGUGCAAUACACCACCCAGGAAUGGAACGAACGUGUCCAGGACUACUUGUCCACCCUACAAACUGUCAAACAGCUCGUGCUUGCUGUGGAACUGUUCUUCUUCGUCAAGCCAUUGGUUCAAUUCGACUUCACACGUUUCCCAUCGCCAGAAUUCGUCUCUUUCUACCCAAGUCAACGCGAUUUCCUAUUCUCCAUCUCGUUCUGGUUCCUUUUCGCUCACUUGCUACCCUCUGUGAUCUCGUACUACUUCAACUUUGUACGUCACGAGUUGUUCUCCAUCGAGUUUGACCCAUUGGUCUACCACUUGUCCAAGGCCUUGAUCUCCCUUCAAUUCCUAUACAACUCGCCAGCAGUCAAGAAGGAAAUCGAGUUGUUGUUGACAGAUAACUACUCCAUCACACAGUUGCUAACACACGGCUACAAUGUGGGAUUGUUCUACUGGAAAUUCCAACUAGGCCAUUUGCCAUUGAUCGCCAACGCUGCUGCCGUCGUGGUGGCCUUGUACGUCUUGGCCUGA